AUGUCAGCAGAUGAGUCUUCAGAUAGCGAUUGGUUGGCAUGGUCUCAGGUUGUUGCAGCCUUCCUCGUACAACUGUGUACAUUGGGCUUGAGUAACAGCUUUGGUGUUUUCCAAUCAUAUUUCGAACAUAAUCUCCUUAGCUUAUAUUCACCUUCCAACAUUGCCUGGAUUGGAACGACGCAAGGAUUCUUAUCAAGUAUAAUUGGAAUCAUCAGUGGGCCACUGUACGAUAGAGGCUACAUUAGAUCCCUAAUGUAUUUUGGUGGGGCGUUGAACGUUGCCGGUCUACUGUGCACCAGCUUCGCAGGACAAUAUGCGUGGAUUAUUCUCUCCUUUGGCGUUGCCAUAGGUCUGGGGUCCGGUGCUCUAUACGUACCAUCUCAAGCAGUGGUGCAAGCCUAUUUUCCCGAAAAAACCGCCGCUCUGCCAACGGGAAUCUCUAUGACAGGAUCGAGCGUCGGCGGAAUAAUAUACCCUAUCGUAUUUAGGCAACUGGAAAAUAAAUUUGGCUUCUCAUGGGCAUGCCGUGCGCUUGCUCUGGCAAAUGGAGUCUUUUUGCUGAUAGCAUGCCUACUCAUAAAGCCUCGGGUGCCACGGGAUACAGAAAGAAACACAAGGCCACGACCUUUCAACUGUGAAGUAUUUUACGACUGGAAGCUAAUAUUAUUGGGUAUUUGCGCCCUGCUUCUGAAUAUAGGGAUCGAUGUGCCCUUCUACUUCAUCUCCACCUUUGUUCAAGGAAAGCUAGGACUCUCUCCGACAGUAGGCGAUUCUCUACUUGCGGGAAUCAAUGCCUCAUCUUUAUUCGGCCGCAUUUUUCUCACCUGGAUAUCCAAUUACUCCAAGCCCCUAAUUACGUGGCAAUUCACAAUUCUUGGGGCAUGCGUGCUGCUGUUCUGUUGGUCGGUUAUAGAAACGCUAGCAGGAAUAAUUGCCUUUGUAAUUUUCUACGGAUUCCUCGUGGGUGGUUUAACUUCUUUAAUACCACCAUCAGUCCGAGAACUUGAUCCGGACUCGAAAGCGAUUGGAGCUAGAAUAGGCCUAGUUGAAGGGUUUCAGGGAGUCGGUUUCUUGAUUGGGCCGCCCAUUGCUGGAGCAAUUCUGGAAUCUCCAGCCGGUUACUUCGGCGUUAGUAUGUUCUGCGGAGCACUUUACUUUGCUCUCUUUCUAGUAGUUGGCAUUCUCACAUGUAGACGAUCUACAUCGGAAGAGUAUCCAAAUGAAAGCCUAGCGCUAUCAAAUAUUGAAGGGGAGGCGACAGCUGUAAGAGUAAAUAAUUAAGAAACACUUGGGUUACUAGGCGAGUUAGCGUCUAGUAAAUAGCGACAUAUAAUUAAUAGCUAAUAUACCGAAUUGAUACGAGGCUUUUCUUUUGGUAAAUAUUUGAAGAAAUUUGUCGUUGAAGAUUGCUGUCAAGUUAUAGACUUGAUGUCAACAGAAUGUGUUGUCUAAUAAAGUGACUGGAGGGUCGGAGUUUCAAAAGACCACGUCAUCUGGAAAACCCACGGUUCU